GACUGCUGGAACAGUAAGGUUUUGACUAACAACGAAAGCACAGACAAGUCGCGGCGAACAAGUUGAGCGGAAAACACGCAUUGAGCGCUUCCCGAAUAAGGCUUCGAAGUUAUUGCGUUGCUUUGAGCUAAUUUGUGCGGUACUGGAUUGUGGUGCUAAAGUGUUGAUUGUAAAGGAAAUACAAUUAUGAAUUGAAUGAAGUGUGCGAAAUUGAAACAAAAUUAUAUUCGCGAAAAUGUCCAUCUUUGGCCGUGCAAAAUUAUGGCUUAUUACUCUUUUACAAAAUGUAAUAUUUGGUGCCGUUGUUGGUAGACGAAAUUCGGCUGUGGUCUGCUCAAAUAACUAAUAAAUACUUAGUUAUAACACCAAAUCUGCAAAAACAAACAAAACAAAACAUUUUAAUAUUUGAAGAAAAAAAAUGAGAAUUGGCUUUAAUCAUCAUCAAAAUCCUUGCAAGCUAUUUAAAAAUUUAGAAAGGGUACCAAAGAUUGUAACAACAAUUUUCAAUUCAUAAGUAAACGUUACUUAUAGUAACAAUAAUAUAUCAUAUGGCAUAAAAAGUUGGCAUAACAGUCAGCGUAAACCACAUCUAGCAACGUUCACCACAUCGCCGCAUGCCACACCAUGCUAGCGGACAACAAUAGCCGCAGAGAGAAUUUCGCGACUCCAGCGCUCACCAUGUCAAUUAUAAGCAAGACCGCUAUGAUUGCUAUAAUUCGUGAGGAUGAAGAUGAUACGGAAGAGGAAGAUGGCGAUGGAGACGAUGAAGACGAGGAUGAAUAUGGAGAGGACUAUUAUGCAACGGCCGAAUCGCCGUUGUUGCCCACCAGCAACAAAGACAAUACCAAACCAGCAGAAGCGAAUAAUAAUAACAGCAACAACAACAAUAAUAACACCGUACCUAACCACAUAUCAGCGAAAGCACACCAACACAACUACACAGCCCUCGAUACCACCGCAAACUCACCGAUCCACCAAUGUUCCUCAGACACACUCAGUCACAAUCCCAAUCACAACCACAGCGUUUACAACUCAACUAACAUUACAGCCGCCUCGAGAGAGCAACUUUCAGCUAACAAGCUUUAUCUGGACGCACUUGCGCCAUCAGCUUCGCCCACCUCAUCUGGACCGAGUAUUUACGGCACACCGGCCAGUGAAUGUCGACGUCGCAGUUCGGUAGCAUCUUUACAGUUAUUUGAUAGUAAUACGGUGACUAUAACCACCACCACAUCGACAACGAUUGAUGGCAGCGGUCAAACUGAAGAGAGCAUAAUCGAUUUGGACGACAACGCGGAUAAUACGGACAGCGAUAACUAUAGCGAAUCGAACGAUAACAGUUAUUCCACACCCACCACAGCGACACUGUAUAGCAAUUAUCACUACAACCAAACCCCCACACAUACACAUCAAUAUAAUUUAUAUCCAAAAGACUUCUUCUCCAGCAUCGAAGGCGAACGACCGGAACAUUGCUCGAAAAUGAAGACGAAAGUCGAUGCUGUUGGACGCAUAACCGGAGAAUGGGGACGCUGGCAAUUACGUACUGUAUUACUGAUCUUCUUGUGUAAGAUACCAUCCUCGUGGUUUAUGGCUUGUAUAAUAUUCACAGCGCCCGCACCGCGACAUGGUGAAUUCUUUUGUAAACCGCCAAAUACGGUGGGCGCACAAAACGACACACUGUGGAUAAAGGUCUCACAUCCGCAAAAGGAGGAGGUGGAUGAUCAAGAAUUUAGUAUAGAUUUUUGUAAUAUAUACCAGGAUGCACAAGAGCAUGCGCAUCACUAUUACCGCUAUGAACGACCCGAACUGGAACCGCGCGUAUGGGAGGAACCGACUUCGCGCAAUAUGAACAUCAUCCCAUGCCAGCAGUUCGAGCAUAGGGCCGAGUACCAUUCGGUAGUGACCCAAUACGAUUUGGUAUGCUCGCGUGACAUCCUGGUGUCAGUAACACAAUUCUUCCAUUUGUUUGGCGUCCUCACCGGCGGCAUAUUGGCGAAUCAUCUGCUCAAAUACUUCAGUCCACGUAAUGUGAUGCUCUUCGGCAUGAUAACGCAGAUAUUCUGUGGCAAUCUCACGGGACUAGUUGCCUCAUACGAAUUACACGUCUUCUUCCGCUGCUUGUCUGCGGUAUGUUGUGCGCAAAUGUACACAGCUGGUGGUGUAAUAAUGGCCGAUAUAACGGGUGGCGUUUAUAAGACUUGCGUUUCGACACUCUUCGAACAAUUCUGGUCAAUAGGUGUUAUACUACUGCCCGGAGUGGCGAGUUUCUUCUCCAGCUGGUCGCAUCUCUAUAUGGCCAUCUCAUGGCCCACUGUGAUACUCAUAUACUUGUGGCGUUGGAUUCCCGAUUCACCGCGCUGGAUGAUACAGCGUGGUCGUGUAACAGACGCUAAAAAUAUUCUCAUGCAAUGUGUGGAGGUGAACGGCACGCGUUGUGGGCUUCCGCACGACAUCGAUCAGCAGCUGCAAUUGCAGGCGCAAACCGCUAUGGACGCACCGCCACCACCAGGCUGGUGGUCAAUAUGGAAGGGUAAAAAUGUCGUGCGCAAUUUGAUCUGUGUACACUUGGCGUGGUCCCUCUACAUUGUCGUGUACUACGGCAUGUUGCUGAACAUACGUUCGUUCAGUCGCGAGCAUCUCGAAGUAAACACAGCUGUGGCGGGCUUGAGCGAAAUAAUCGGCACUUUUAUUGGGCUCUUCCUGAUAUUGAAGACUACGCGCAAAUGGUUGUGGACCGGUCUUUUCAAUGUUGUGGCCGGCCUGAUUGCAUAUCUCGGUUGGCUGGUGCCAACAGACUUACCGUUCGAUGCACGCGUUGCGCUGCUCAUGCUCUCGGCUAUGAUCUCGAAAAUGGCCAUCUCCACCACACUCUCCAUACUCACCACCUGCACCGUUGAGCUAGUAAGUGAGGAGAAGCGCAAAAUCACCGCAUUCUCGGCGAUAUGUUGGGCACGUUUUUGGCUACUGGGUGCGCCAUUUAUCGGCGCUACUGUGAUCUUUGGCAUGAUGGUGCCGCAAACAGCUUUCGCGUCACUCGCAAUUGUUGGUGGUGUUUUAACCGCCCUCAUUACAAGUCCGCGUACAAUAAGGAAGGAAGCGCUUGGCGGCAGCAAUCGAGCGACCGCUACACAGGUGGAUGGCAUCGAUAAUAAAGGCUUCACAACGGGACCGACACUCAACAAUCCAAUAUUCACAAAUAUUACGAAACUGGCAGCACCCAACUCUAAUUUACCACCGCCAAUGGUGCCCGGUGUUUGGACGACGAAACAUCACGAAGACAGUCCACCCGUCUAACCCCCAAACUACAAUACGAAUAAAUGGCCAUCAAUCGGCGAUAUAAUUUCGUAAAUUAUGUCGCUUGUAAAAGUUGUUAUGCUGUGUACAGGAUUGUAACGCACUACGCUUCCUCGCAUAAUGUCACAUGGUCGACAGAGGACGCCAGUGGUUCGCUUCACAUACAAUUAGACUAUAUAAGUAGUAAACAUAACAAAUUUUAUUUCGAACAAAUUUAUUUUAACCAUUGCAUAGGUAGAGAAUCGAACGCACUCGUUUUUGAGACCACGAUUGCAUCGUAUGUUACAAUUCUGUCCACACAUUCUUUCUUUGUUAAAUAGUUUCCUUAAAAAGUCAUAAUUAUUAAAUGCAGUUAUAGUUGAAGAGGAAUGAGAUAAAGCUAUAAGCAAAAAUAUUUAUAUAAUAUAAAAAUAUUACGUAUAUAAUGUAACUAGUGAACAGAUAUAUGUAUGUAUAUGUAAUCUAUAUUAGGGUGGUACUUAAACAGAGAGGGCAAGUUUUUAAAUAUCACGUAGAUACCAUUACAAUCUAAGUCAAAUAUAUAUUUCUUUGAUUGCAUGUGUUACACGCAGGGUAGCGAAUUUUCUAACUAAAAAAAAUUAUUAAUAAUUAUAAUUUCUAUUUUUGAUUCCAAUGUGGGGAUUAAAAGUUUUAAGUUACGUCUUAAUUUUCUCAAAACAGAAACUAAAGAAAUUAUUUUUAUUAUAUACAUAUGUAUUAUCUCUAUUUUUAGCUCAGAUAUGGAAAUUCUGAGCUAAAAAUAGAGAUAAUAUUUUUUAGGGAAAUAAUUUUUUUUUAAUUAAAAAUGUCUUGGUUUAUAAAUUGAAAAACUAUUUUUUAAUUUAAAAAUUUGAGUAAUAAAUAGUUUUGUUUUUAAUCAAAAGCAGAAUGAAAAGUGCUAAAAGAACAAAGAUUUACAUAUUUCUAACUGAAACAUUAUAAUAAAAAGCAAUUAAAUAUAUUAUUAGACAAAAUAGCUAAAAUAUGUUGAUAUUUUAUUAAAAAUAAAUUUCCCUUUUCAAAAGUUAACUAAAAUGUAAGAACAGGAAAUAUGCAAACGCGAAAAAUAUAACGAUUCCAAAAGAAUUUCUAUUUUUAUUUGAAGAUUGGAAUCAAACAUUAUUUUUUGAUCCGGUAUUUGAUAAACCCAAAUUUAUUUAAUUAUGUAUUUUUGAUUCUUAAAUCGAUUUUUGGUAUUACCGUUUUUCAAUUCGGCAUUUAAGGUUAAAAAUUUAAAAAAUAUGUUUAAUUCUGUUUUUUAAGAUUAAAAUAUAAAAAGAAUUUUAAUUCAAAUUAUGUUUCAAUUAUUUUAAUGUAAUAUUUGCAACCCCAAGUUCACGGGAGUUAAAGUUCGAUAUGGAGACUAAGGACCUUAAAAAUUUAUUUUCUUAUGCUCAAGAGCGACGCUACGAUAGCCAAAGAUAUCGUCUGAUCACUGCGCUUACCUCAACUAUCUAUCAGCACCAAAUUCUCAAAUUUUAUGUCAUAACAUUGACUCUUGGAGCAAUUGGCCAUAGUUGUGAAAGAAUAACUCAUUUGACGUUUUAAGGGCCACCCUAAUGUAAUAAUACUUAGAAAUAUAAAAAAUAAACUAUCUGUGAAACCAUAUAACGAGAGUAAGAGAUACAAAUUUAUGCUAUAAGUCUAUUACCUAUAUUAUAAUAAUAUAAUUAUGUAUAUACCAAGUUUAGGGAAUUCAAAUGCAAUUAUUUCCCACAAACCGUGUUUUUGAAUUGUUAACUCUUUUGGAAAGAUUUUUAAAUACAUAAAUAUUAUACUUUCAAAAACUAAAUACUACGCCCAAAUUAGUUCAUUCAACAGCGAAGCUAAAGCUUCACUGAAAAACACGCCUUAAAUGCACAAACUCAGCUUGAAUGGCAUGUGAAAUUACAUACUCAUACUCAUAGAAUAUCUGCUGUCAAAGCGACGGAUAAGUUGUUUAUGCAAAAUAACAUGGCUUUACAAUGCAAAAAAUAUACAAAUUAACUAUCAAAUAUGCAUACAAUCAUUUAUAUAUGCAUAUGUAUAUGUAUGUGUGUGAGUAAAUCUCAAUUAUAAAAUUUUAAUAAAUCUUUAAUCAAGUCCAAACUGCAAUUUGUCGGUUCACAAAUAAAAUAAGAAAAACUUGAUAAUAAUAUUGAAAAUGUUCUUAGAAUGUCCAAAUGUCAGUAUAGUAUACAUAUAAUUUUUCAAAUAUUUUGGCAAAUAGAUGCAAUAAAGGUGACCGACAAUUUCAUACCGCUAGUUUCUUUGAAGUUCCUUUAACAGAAAAAUAACAUGGUUCGUGCCGCCAUGUACGAAAGGAAAGCAACUACAAAAAAGAAUUAACUGACAGCUUAUUAGACAGCUACAUAUGUCAAAAGAUGUAUCGCUUUUUAUCUAAUAUCUAAUUUAAAUCUGAUAAAGUUAGAAAAAAAUGGGCAACAUAAGUCACCUCAACUUUGUAGUCCUUCUUCUAUCAUUUUUAUCAGUGCGGAAUUUCUUUAUAUCAAAAUUAGAGUUAAGUUUCAGAUAAAUAAAUUAAAAAAUAAUAAUAAUGUUUUUGUUCGAAGCCGAAUUAUUCACAUCAUACACACAUACAUAUGGAUAUACUACAUAUAUAACUUUUUGCUGGAACUGUUUGCCUCGCACUAUGUGAAAUAUAUGUACAUACAUACAUAUGUAUAUACAUAAUUAUUCAAUGCACAUCAAGCUUCAGCGAUCUAAACAAAAGUACAAAUAUUAAGUAAAAAAAGUUUGAAAACAAAAACGAAAAACAAGAUCAAAAACGAAUUGCUCAUAAUUUAACAGUAAAAUUGAAAUCAGAUAAUUUUUACAGUGUGAAAUGUUGAAAACAAACACUAACUUAAAGCCUGGGUUUUUCAACUGUAAAUACGGCCCAAUAUAUAUUUGGCCGGACUAACCAGUUUAAAAAAUCACAGUGCUAUAUAUAUAUUUACUAUAAUAAAGUAGUAACAAAAGUAGUAAAAUCCGAAGUGUAUUCUUAACUUUUCAAAUAACAGAAACGUUUUUAUUUUUGUUUUGUUCAAAUCUGUUUUACGUAAAUCAUUUAAGGGCGUAUUCUAAUCUAGAGGCCCGAAAUUCGAGCGCUUUUUUUUAACAAUUGUUAAAAAAUUAUUUGAUAUUUUUACUAUCCAUUUUUUAUCAUUUGUUUAUUUGUAAUUGAAGUGUAAAUUAAUUUAAAAAAUAAUUCAUUGAGUUAUGCGUCGUUGAAGUAGAGGGGAAAAAGGCCGUGUCCUCAUCGCUAUGAUUUCUGCCUUUGAGAUCAUCUGAAAAAUAAAACAAUGAUAGAUUAUUGAUUAGUACAAAUGUCGCUAUCUCAAAACUGAAAAGAAAUUUCAUAAAAUUCAGACUACAAAAAAAUAAUGCUCGAUAUUUUCACUAUUUUUUUUAUUUCUCGAAAGAUUACAAAUUUCAAUUUUUCAUGUGAUAGAGAGAUAUUUAAAGAAUUUCCAUGCCAUAUUUCAGCUACAUUGGCUGAUAGAAGUUUUUUUUUAAGUUUAGCUUAAACCGCUCCAGUUGUCACAAAGAAAUUCUAGAAUAACCCCUUAAAUUGAAGAUUUGUGAAAAAUUCUGAAAGUAAAAAAUCAAAACUAUAUUCAAAUUGUAUACAUAAAUUAUUAAUUAUAAUGGUAAUUUAGAUUAAACAAAAUGAUUUUUGUUUUAUAACUACAAAUUUAAUUAGAAAUCGUGUUAUUGUUGUCGCUGCUGUUGCAUCGGCCGUAAACACUUCACAGCGGUCGAGCGGCAGUGUUUAGCGUAUCCGCUCCGAUUACGUCAAACAACCUUUUGUCGCGGGACCAAAGGAAAGCCUCAUCAAAGCAUUCGGUUUCCAAUAUUGAUGAAAGCGCUUAAAUUUUCUGAAAAUGUUUUUGAAACUCAUUUUAACUAUUUUCUUUCUUAGAUGAAAUAUAAUAUUAGUAGGUACAUAUAUUAUAUGUAUGUAUGUAAGUACUAAAUAUUACAUACAUACAUAUAUUGUUUGCAUAUUUAAGAAAUUUAGAAGCUAGAAUCUCAAAAAUUUAUGCAAACAGUCAAUUAAAUUUGAAUGCUAAAUAAAUAAGGUUAGAAAUGAAAUACAAAUGGCGCUGCUAAACAGUUAGACAGUUACCUAAAAAAAAGAAUAGUAAAUUGAGGUUCAACAAAAUAUAAUUUUAAUCAGUUUAAUUUACAAAAAAAUAAAUAUCACAAAUAAUAAAAGACAAAUGAAAUGCCUAAGAAACUAAAUCAACUUUUAAAUACUAUUCAUUUGUAGUAAUUAAGUAAAAUUUUUCUGAAAAUUGUAACGGUCUUGCAACGUUACAUAUACCUUAAAAAUAUUACAGCAACAAAACCAUGUAUUAGGCAUCAUAAAUGAUAGUAAUAUGCUUUCUAAGUACAUAAAUGCACUUUUCUGUACACACGUGUGUAUGGAUGUAUGUAUGUGCAUGGGAAGUUGAAAUGUUAAAUAAUUUUGAAGAAUAUAUGCAUUAAUGUAUUUAAAAAAGAAACUAAAUUCUGUAAAAGAGCAAUAUUUUUUUAAUAAAACGGGCAAAAAAUACUUGAAAA